GCAUGUCUUCCAAAGUUUUCCCCACAGGCUCCCGAGCCAAGGACAACCAACGUGCAAGUCAGCCGCUGCUGCUGCAGCAGCAACAGCAUCAAGAGCAACAGCCAUUCCCAGAGGCCAACGCUGAAGCCAUCAACUUCCUCGAGUCCUUCCGGCUGGAUAAACUGCUACUCUUCUUCCCCGAGACUCUGGCCAUCGUCUCAGACACAGGCGAGCCUCAGGGAGAGCUGACCAUCGAGGUGCAGAAAGGGAAGUACAGGGACGAACAGGGCAUCCUGACGCACUGUCUCCUGGUUCACGCCUGUAGCCGAGGCUUCAUCGAUAAAUCGCCGUGUGGAAGCUCCCUCCUAGGCUACCUAACCAAUAAGCUGGAGCUGAUGGAGCAACACAGUCAAGAGUUCAUUAAGUUUCCCGUCCUCCCCAUGGAGCGGAAGAUGAGUAUCCUGAAGCAGGAUGACCAGAUGGUUGUGACCAGAAGUGUCAAGGAGGGUGAGGAAACCAAAACUGGAGUCUCCGUCUUCCCCUGUCAAUCACUUAAGGGCUUUGUCUCCAGCGUGGCCAAUCUGGUGCUUCUGAGAGUGAUGGCCUGGCAGCGGUCAGUGCCCAGUGGUGCUCGCUUCCUGGCCUUGGACACGGAGGGCAAACUAUGCUAUUGCACCUACCAAUCUCUGGGCUUCCAGACAAUCCAGCUGGGCCACCAGCAGGCUGAGAUGUUCAUCGUGGAACAAACCAUCCACUCUGAAGAGGACAUCCCCUUCUCCUGUCAAUUCUACUUGCUUUCUGAUGGGCACCUGGCUAAGAGAGUCCAGGUGGGCUCCCCAGGGUGUUGUAUCGUCACUAAGAUGCCCCUCUUGAGGGAAGAGGAUGUGAUUGAGCCUCCGCCCCAGUUUGAUAAGAAGCCCCUGGUGUGGGAGGAAGACCUGGAGUUAUACUCGAAAUUCCUGAACCGGAAGGAGCAGCUGCGCCUCAGCCACACCAGCUAUCUGCGGCAGCACCCCGAGGCCCAAGCGCUGAUCUCCGACUUCUUGCUUUUCCUGCUGCUCCGCCGGCCGGAGGACGUGGUCACCUUUGCCGCCGAGCACUUCGGGUCCUUCGAGGUGCUGCGCCCGCCGAUCCCUGCCCUGCGUUCCUCACACCGGCCCAGCCCUUUCCGCCCACUGGAGUCCGAGGAGGAGGAGGAGGAAGAGGAGCAGGAGGAGGAAGAGGAAGAAGAAGAGGAGGAAGAGGAGGAAUACGAGGAGGAAUACGAGGAUGGAUACGAGGAUGGAUACGAGGAUGGAUACGAGGAGGAAUACGAGGAUGGCGACUACUUUUACGCCGACGAUGAUGACUAUGACGAUGAAGACAACGACGUAGAAAGCGACAAGGAUGAUGACAACGACGAAGUCGACGAGAAUGAUGACGAAAGCCAGGAUUUGGAUCUGGACAACCAGAGUUUGGAUCUGGAAAAUGACUAGGUAGACGGCUGGGGGCGAGCCCCUGGGACUGGCAGGAUCCUGGCUGCGGUUUCAGUGGGAGAUAGCAGAGUCCUCCCCCUCCUGCUCUGCCAGCAGGGACUGUCUCUGGCCAGCCCCUCUUGUUAAAAAAUGUGAAGCUUUAACUUUGUUUGCCCAGUGAGGUUCAUCUUUUCUUCCUAGAUGCUAUUUUCACGGUUGUGACCGUUUCAGAGGAACGAAA